UUCACUACAAACAGAGGAACAUGGACGGGGAUUCCUGGAGCUCGGCUGGAUGUCACAGAUCUGCAGGUGGAGACACAGCAGAGUGUGAAAGAGGGAGAUUCAGUCCGUCUGAUGUGUAAAAGCAGCUGCUCUCUGCCUCAACAAACAACAUUCAUCUGGUACAGAAACACACAGAGAUUAAGUACAGGAAUCAUCACAGUGAAUCAGCUUCAGCUGCGGUCAGUCAGUCGUCAUGAUGCAGGAAACUAUCAGUGUGCUGUUUCAGGAUAUCAACGUCUGAAGUCUCCACCUGUUUAUCUUCAAGUAGGGUGGGUUGAUGGUCUGCUGGAUUGGGGAGUGAAUUAUAGCCCUUCAUAUGUUUGUGCAUUAAAGGGAUCAACAGUGACAUUAUCCUGUACUUCAACAUAUACUGGGUAUUAUAAGCUCACAACAGCCUUCUGGACCAAAACUGCUGUAACUGAUGGAGAUCCACCGAACCUGUGUUCAGACCCAGAAAAGAGAGGAAGAGUUCAGUGUGUCAGUGAAUAUAAAGACACUUACAGUAUCACUUUGACGAGUGUAACAGAAGCUGAUAAACACAUCUACUACUGCAGAUUUAGAGAUGCACAGAAUAAACAAUGGACAGUGAUUCCUGGAGCUCAGCUUGAUGUCACAGAUCUGCAGGUGGAGACACAGAAGAGUGUGAAAGCGGGAGAUUCAGUCCUUCUGAUCUGUAAAAGCAGCUGCUCUCUGCCUCAACAAACAACAUUCAUCUGGUACAGAAACACACAGAGAUUAAGUACAGGAAUCAUCACAGUGAAUCAGCUUCAGCUGCGGUCAGUCAGUCGUCAUGAUGCAGGAAACUAUCAGUGUGCUGUUUCAGGAUAUCAACGUCUGAAGUCUCCACCUGUUUAUCUUCAAGUACGAUAUCCUCCACAGAGCGUCUCAGUGUCCGUCAGUCCAUCUGGUGAAAUAGUGGAGGGAGAUUCAGUGACUCUGAGCUGCAGCAGUGACUCAAACCCUCCUGCUCUGAACUUCAGCUGGUUUAAAGGAGAAACAUUUCUGAAAUCUGGUGACACCUACAGCAUCACUAACAUUACAUCUGAAGCCAGUGGAAACUUUUAUUGCUUUGCUAGAAAUGAACAUGGAGCUAAUGGCUCUGCUGCUGUGACUGUGAAUGUCAUGUAUCCUCCAAAGAGCGUCUCGGUGUCCAUCAGUGCGUCUGGUGAAAUAGUGGAGGGAGAUUCAGUGACUCUGAGCUGCAGCAGUGAUUCAAACCCUCCUGCUCUGAACUUCAGCUGGUUUAAGGAGAAUCAAAGCUCAGCUGUUGGAUCUGGACAGAGUUUCAGCAUCUCCAGCUUUAACUCCAGUCACAGCGGACACUACUGUUGUGAGGCUCAGAAUAAACAUGGAUCUCAGAGAUCAGCAUCUGUUUCAGUCUCUGUUGAAGGUGUUCAGAGGGCUGCUCUGCACACAGUUACUGGGAUUGUGGUGGGAUGUGGAGGAUUGAUCAUCAUCAUCAUCAGUGUGUUUAUUAAGAAGAAAAGGAGAGACGGUGGAGCUGAAGUUGUCAGACAAAAUCAGCAGGAUGAUCGUGUGGGCAGAUUAGCAGAAACGGCUCCAACCAAUGACGUUCCAGUGUAUUCACUAGUAUCAGCCAAUCAGAGGGAUGAUCUGUAUGGCAACAUUAAAGUGAAGAAACCCAAACGCUCUGGGAGAGAACAAACAGAAAAAGACUCUGGAGAUGCUGAAGAGAUUCAGUAUGCCAGUGUCCAUCACUUCAAGAACAAAGACAUGAACAAGACUGAAGAGACUACUGAGAUGCAGCAUCUAUCUGAUGCCAAUAGAUCUGAGGACGUGAUCUACAGCUCAGUCAAAUGAAGAACAUGUGGUCGAUCCGCAUCCUAUUGAUGCUCAUGGGAGACCUGGAUUUGAGUCCAUCCCACGUCAUGUUCCAGCUCCCUCUCCGCUUGAUUUCAUCCAUUUACAUAUUUAUGGGACUGUUCUGCUGUUUGGACAUUAAUGGCUUUCAGCUUAAAAUCGCAUCUUAAUUGUGAAUAUCACACACACUGCCUUCACUCGACACUCACACAUGGACGCCACUCAGACCUGUAAUAGCUCUUUAGCUCUCGCUUUGUAAUGUCAAUGUGGAACCAAUGUUUUCUUUUGUGUGU